AUGGCUCAGCCACUCAUUGCGUUGAUCGCAUCAUCAAAUGCGCAAUCGAUAGCUGUUUCACGUGGAUUCAAAUCACUCUCACAUCUUUUAUAUCCAUUUAGUUCACACGAGACAAAUGUUAGGGUAAGUUAUUGAUUUUAAGUUAUAUAAAAUAAAAGAUUGUUACUAUUUAAGGAUCCUGUAAAUAAUAGAACAAUAAAUCACAAAGUACGCCUGGAUAUUCGUGAUAUUUCAAAUGAUGGUCAUCUUCUUACACUUUCAGUUCUCCCAUAUGUUUUGAUCCAAGCUUUAAAAUCAGCAAAUGAUUCGAUAUCUGCAAUUGAAUCAUUCAAAAAUGUGUUAAUUCGCUGGGCAGAACCAUCAGAACAUGAAUCUUUCGGAGCAUAUUUAGCUUGUUUUUUCGUGAUAUCAACAAAUGAUGAAAAUGCGAUGGGUGAAUUGAGUAAAAUGAUUCAAACUCAACAAACUUUAUACGUAAGUUUGAAAAAAACUUGAAUUAUUUCUUUGAAUCCAUGUUUUUUUCAGAAUUCUGCAUCAACUUUAAUGAUUCCACCAUAUUGUUGUUCUCCAAAAUGGAAUACGGAACACUCGAAAACAUUGAAACACUUUAUUCUUUUGCAUGAUUCUUCGAAAUUUGAAAAUUCCACAAAACGCGAUGAAAUUUAUAAUCAAAUGUGUUCGAUUUAUGGAACGGAUAAUUGUCAAGUUCUUCAAUUAAAUAGCUCAACUGAAGAUUCUUCGAAGUGUUGGAAUGAAAUUGAUGAAUUGAAUGAUAUACUUAAUCGUGGAUUAGAAGAAGCAAUGAAACAAGCAAGUAGUCCAACAUCACCGAAUUCAAUUAGCUCAACUUCGGUUUCAACGAUAUCUGUACCGUUUUCAUCAUCUAAUGUUUCAAAGCAAGCAGCUGAAAGUGUUUUUUGGAAAAAUAGUGAGAAACGAUUUUCGAGUGAAGAUGCAGAGAAUUGUAGAAGUAUUAUUAAAAAAUUCACAACAACAUGUCUCUCUCCGUUUAUUGAAAAAGAGAUGAGAAAUUUGAUGGAACAAGUUGGAAAUCGGAGGGGUUUGAUUGGAAAAGGAUUGGCGAUUGGGAUGAAGAAAUGGUUUGGAAAUGGAACUUCACAAACAAAUCUUCCAUUGGCAGCAGCAAGUUAUGCAUGGGAUAGUCCGGAGAUGUUAACUAGAAGAUUAGCCGAUUUAGCAUAUAUUUUUGGGAAUUAUCAAUUUGCCUAUCAACAAUAUCGAACGCUGAAAAAGGAUUUUGAAGCGGAUCAGGCUAUGAUUGCACAUUCUUUGGCUGCUGAAAUGUGCGCGGUUGCACUUCAUAUGGCUGAGCCAUAUAUGAAUCCCAAAAAUUUCCCUGUUCGAUAUUUGGAUGAAUCGCUUUCACAUUUGCUCAAUAAUUCUGCGUAAGUUCGAACAAGGGACUUGCCAUCGAGAUUUCUAAUGGAAAUGAUAGUUUUCGAUCCGAUGAUCAUUAUUCCAUAUGAGUUAUGACGUGACAAAAUUAAAAAAUCGUGACUUUAGCUGGUAAAACUCGUUUUCGAAAUAGUUUUCAUCCAGGAAAUUCGAGAGAUUUUUUUGAAAAAUGUUCGGAAUCUGAUAGUACUUAAAGAUUUAAAAAAAUCUUUCGAAUUUCCUGAGAAAUCCUAUGCUAUCAGAUUUUUAUGAAAAACAUUUUGAAAUCGAGUUUUGACCACCGAAAGUCACGAUUUUUCAAUUUUGCCACGUCAUAAAUCAUAUUAGGAAUAGAGAUCUGCGGGUUGAAAACUAUAAUUUUCAUUAGAAAUCAUUGAAAUCGCGAUUUUAAAUCUUUCAUUUGUUUUUCUUUCAGAAAAUACUCGUUCAUUAUGCGAUGUGCUUUCAAUGCCAAACAAAUUCUAUCAGAUUUAUCUUGUUAUAAAGAAGCAGCCACGAUUUUAUCAAGAUUAUCUAGUAUCGAAGGCGAUCAUCUUGUUGCAGUUUCACAAUUAUUGGCUGCAAUUUCAUUUGAGAACUCUGGAAUGCAUAGAAAAUCGUCGUUUUAUCGAGUUCUGGCUGCCAAUCGAUUUUCGAACGCGGGAAUUCAUAAUCUUGCAUUUGAUUGUUAUCGAUUAGCAUUGCCGAAUUUCAACGAGGAACAUUGGGGAGUUCUAGAUGAACAUUUGAGUAUGAAAUUAUUGAUUGAAGGAGAAAAAGCUGGAGUAAUGAAUUCGAAAAUGGCAAUGGAAUGUGUUCGAAGAUUGAUUGUUGUUUGUUCGAAGCUAAAUGAAUCACAACAAAUUGAUCGAUUGAAGAAAAUAAUCCAUGUAAUUGAUGCGUAUGCUGAUCCAAAUGAACCAAUUCGAAUUGAUCUUCCAAAAGUGGAUAUGAAUGGGAUAAAAGUGAUUUAUGGUGAAAGACCAAUGUGGAAUGAGAUUGAUGAUGAUGAAAAUAGACAUAUUAAUUCGGAUGAAUGGAUUGCUAUUGAGCGAGCUGCACAUCAUACAAUUUUCACAUCUUCAACACCAUUUCGAGGAAUGCAAUUAGUUAGUGAUUGCUAUUCGGAUAAUCAAAAGAUUCGUGAGACACCAAUUGGUGAAAGAUAUCGAGUUAUUAUUGAUCUGAGUAAUCCAUUGAAUAUUCCGUUGAAUUUGAGAAAUGUGAAAUUGGCGGUUUCCAGUGAAUCUAAUAACGAAUAUGAUGUUGGUGAAUUGGCGGAAUUGCAGAUUCAAGAAAAGGAGACGAAAACUAUUGAGCUUUAUGUGUUUCCAAGAAUUGCUGCAACAAAUGGGUCUUUUAAAGUCACUGCCCUUGUUUUUAAAAUGGUUGAGAAUGGAAAAAUGAUUGAUUGUCAAAUUCCAUUGGAAUGCAAAGGAAAACGGUUGAAUAAAACAUCGAAACAACAAAAAGCUAAGAUGUAUGCGAUUGAUGAGCGAUUAUCUGCGAAUAUUUCACAAAAACCAUGGCCAUUGUUGGAGUUUCGAAUUCAAAAACAUCCCACAAAACAAGUCGCAUUUAUCGAUCAAGCAAUGAGAUAUCAAAUUGAAAUUGAGAAUAUUGGAAAAGAAAAUAUUGUAUCAACUUGUUUGGCGACAAAUGGUUAUGAUAGAGUUUGUUGUGGAAUUAUUGAAGAUGGAAAACGCGUUGAUGUUCCUUUGAAAUUAGCAGUAAAUAACAAUCAAUUAGCAACUUUUUCAUUUGGUGAAAAUAUUCUGAAAAUUGGUGAAAAACGGACUAUAUUUAUUGAUAUUCGUGCGAGUGAAUCGAGCAAGAUAUUAGCGCUUUUAUUUGGAUAUCGAGGAGAAAAUGGGGUGAUGAGAGAAUGGAGAAAAGUUGUUGAUGUUGAACGAAUUCCUCUACUUCAUGUUGAAUCCAAUUUGUUAGAUGAGCAAACUGGAACCUUCUCGUUGCAAAUGUCGAAUCGAUUGAGUUCUUCGCAAGCGGCUCUUUCGCGUGUGGAAGUUCUAAGAAUUCGAAGUUCUCGAAAUUCCAGCCUUGAAAUCAUAUCGAAACGACAGAAAAUUGAAGUGGAAAGUGAACAAAAUGAUACAAUUGUGCUGAAAAUGUCAAGAAGUUCGGGAGCAAAUGAUUUGUGGUUGGGUGAAAUGAUUGAGACACCGCCAAAUUGGCCGCCACCAGCUGCGCCACUUAUGAAUGAUAUUUAUAAUAAUCAGGAAAAUGUGAAAAAGAAUGUGGAGAGGAAGAUUGGAGUGUUAUGGAAGGCGAAUAUUGUGAAUAAUGAUGGACAAGUUUGCUCGAUUAUUGGAGAAAGUUUUGUUGAUGAUCCGUUUGAUAAGGAAGGCGCGAUUCAUCCAGAUGAUGAUGGUAAGAGAUUUUGGGCCAAAACAAAAUUUCUGGGAGCACCUGCGUAUCUAACUUUUGCACCUUUUUUUAAAAAGUUUUCUGCUGAAUUUCUUCUCGAGUUAGAUGUGCAGGUUCUACCGUACUUCAGCAUCUGCCUUUAAUCUGAAAGGCUUUAGGCUAGAGCACACCUCGGCCAAGCCGUUGCUGGCCAGAGUACAAUUUUUCGAAAAAUUCACAAUUUUUGUACUGUAAAAAGUUAGCGUACAAUUUUUAUUGUGGAAACCACGAUUUUGGCCGAGGUGUGGGCUAGAGGCUUUAAGCUAAUGUGAAAGGCUUUAGGCUAAUCUGAAAGGCUUUAGGCUUUAGCCUAACUUGAAAGGCUUUAGGCUUUGGCCUAAUCUGGUAGGCUUUAGGCUCUAGGCUAAUAUGAAAAGCUUUAGGCUAAAUUCCCUUUAGCUGAAAAAAGUUCUGAAAUUGAAUUUUAAGCUUCUAGAAAAAUCAAAACCCCUCUUUUUUUCCAGUGAUUGCACAUCCUUCGAAAUUGAGAAUAUCCUGCGAUACAAUUCGAGAUAUUUCCCAUGAUUUCUCUUCCUCAAAAAUCGCCGAACUCCCAAUCAAAAUCCACGUUCAAAACAUCGACUCAAUCAAUCGAAAAGCGUCGAUAACCCUACGUUAUGUUUCGAAAAUUCGCGAAGCUGUUGAAGGAAUCCACCUGAUUCCACCCGAAAAUCGCCAACAACUUUGGGUCGAUCGACCGGUUCGGCGAAUAAAUCUCGAAGGAAAGGAGAGGAAAGAGAUUGUGAUGAAAGUUCGAAUGGCAAACGCUUCGGUUUAUGAUGUUGUUGGUGCAAAUAAUCUUGUUAUUGAUGCGAUUUUUGAUGGAAGUGAUGAGAAAUUUACGUAUACGGUAGGGAAUUUUAAAUUUCCGAUCACAAAAUCAAAUAUUUUUUAUGAUUUUUCAGGUGCCAAGCAUAUUAUCGGUGGUCAAAUCAAUUUAA